CAGCAGCCGCAUGAUCGAGUCUGAUGUUCAGGAAUCUACUUUACAUUGACGUGCUACAAGUGGUACUCUUCGUCGCGACCCGGUACCCAGGUAUGUUGUCGUAGUGGAUGCCAUUUUGUCUGUUCCCGGGGAAGGCCGUCGUACAGACCUAUAAUGGGCGCUGAGCAGUACGUGACGCCCAGCCGCAGCAAGGGAACGCACGUCACGGAACAAACAGGAUUUCCCUUCUACAGGAUAGGACCGUCUUCAUGGAAAUUGGAUUGGUGAGUGAUACAACAAGAGUGCCUGGUCGACACAAGCUACACGGGCCCUUUCAACUCCUCUGCGCUACAGGUACUGUUCGUGAUUACAGGCUCACCAUCUAUAUUACAAAGAGGAAGAGACCCGCUGUGAUCCCCGGUCUGCCUGCAUCUCUGAUGAAGCCCAUCAUUCAGACUCUGCAGCAAAAGCCGGCAAGCCUGCUUGCUCUCUUCUUGGUUGGGAUGCUACUGUGUGACGCCUUUCCACAGCGCAGCAAUGGACCUCCCGUCAACGCAACAGUUGGGCUACCGGCACCAAGGACGGGGACAAGCGUGCUGGCGAAGCUGGAGGAGCCGUCCCAGACCAAAAAUGGCACGGCCACUCGCACCAGACGGAACAGUUCCAGAGGACCUUCGAGCCAGGUGUACUGCGGCGCUAUGGCCAACACAUCGACUCUCUGCGAGACUCUUGAUAUUCGCGGACCACUCCGAGUCGUCACGGUGCACGAACCGCCAUUCAUCAUCCGUGAAUAUGAGGCUGACGGACAGCCCAGGUACAAGGGCUUCUGUAUCGACAUGCUGCACAAGCUGGCGGACAUGCUGGGCAUCUGCUACACCAUGUACGAGGUGCCUGACGGGAAGUACGGGGCCGAGCACGAGAAUAACACCUGGAACGGCAUCAUCGGAGAAGUCAUGGCCGGAAAUGCGGAAAUGGGUCUCGGUCCCAUCACCAUCAGCUCUGCCCGGGAGACCGUGGUGGACUUCACCAAGCCCUUCAUGGAGUACGGCACGGGGCUGCUGAUGCGCAAACCCGAGCACGAGGAGCAGAACAUGUUCGCCUUCCUCAUGCCGUUCGAGCUGGUGGUGUGGAUGUGCAUCCUGGUGGCCAUGCUGAUGAUGGGCUUUCUUCUCUUCGCAACGAGCAGGCUGCGUUACAGGCUUGGCAUUUCUGCAGAAAACAUCAACGACAACGACUUGCAAUUCAACAUAAGAAACAGUAUGUGGUUCGCCUACUGGUCCCUCGUUAAAAGAGGCGGUGAGCCAUUGCCGAGAUCAAUGCCAGCAAGGAUUCUUGCCGGGUUUUGGUGGUUGUUUGCGCUGGUAAUAGUCUCGACAUACACUGCUAAUCUCACGGCAUUCCUCACCAUCAAAAGGCUCGUGUCUCCCAUCAAGUCCAUCGAGGACUUGGCGGCGCAGGACGCCAUCCCUUAUGGUGUGGAACGGGACGUCUUUCUCUACAACUUCUUCCGAGACCAGCAAGCCGGUACAGUGUACGAGCGUAUUUGGAAUCAGAUGAACGCCCAGGAAGAAAACGUCUUCGUCGAAUCUCUUCAACAUGGAAUCGAAAAAGCGAGAACGAGUAAUUACGUAUUCAUGGACGAUGACGUGAUACUUGAAUACAUCACAAGGACAGAGAAAGACUGCAAAUUAAUUCUCAUUAGAAAUCCUUUCUUGUUGCGUGGGUAUGGCAUUGCCACGCAACGGAAUAGCAAGCUCACGGACCCACUGUCCAUAAGCAUCCUAAAACUGGCAGAAGAUGGGUCUUUAGGGCAGCUGAAAGACAGGUGGUGGCCCAAAGACGGGUGUUCCCUGGACGGCAGUCAGAACACGUCCAAAGCCAUGGGCCUGGACCUGAACAGCUUCAAGGGCGUCUUCUUCAUCCUGCUGGCGGGGGUCCUGCUGGCCUGCCUCUGCGCUGUGAUAGAGAUCGUCUGGCACAGAUGGCUGAAGAGACAGUGCUGGUUCGAGGCUAAACCGGAGGAGAACAGUGCCCCACAGCAGAUGCAGGUUACUACUGUGGUCCGUCACGAGGCCCGGGCGAAGGAAGAGAAACUGUUGAAGGCCAUGAUGCAGUUUCUGCGCGGGAUCGAGGAGGGGAAACUUCAGAUCGUAGUGCGCGACCAGAUCAGUAUCAACAUGGACGCCGUGGACGCCCUGGAUGCCUUCGAGGAAAACGAGCUAAUGGACUCAAAAGUAUAGUGCCAAACACAAGUGCCUCUUACUAUGUUCGUCUACUUUAUCAUUUUCUAACCUGUAGUAUUAAUGUAUCCCCAGUUUAAAGUACUGAAGAAAGACAUAUAGUAUAACGGGUAUGUCUAUAACUACUUAGGCCACACUGACUGGAUUUUAGGGUGAUUUCCGUGCGCGUGUGGAUUUUCGCCAGCCCCUUUUUUAAACGAAAAAGGGAAGUUAUACCAUGUUGUGGACCUAGACAACAAAGUUACCCCCUGAAAGAACAGAAAUGGAAUCAACGUCCUCUGAAAAAUCAGCCUACCUAGUCUCCAAGCAGAUGUUAAGGUGAAGGAUCGUUUAAAUGAAAGCUGGGCGUCCCUGAAUGUUCCUAUCCCAAAUGAACGGAUGAGAAGUUGUUAAGAAAUACAGAUAAUGUCCAACUAUAUACAUGUAUCUAUAACCUAUCAAUUACGCACAAGAAGUGAAUUGUACGUUGUUAUGCAAUGUAGGUGGCGCUUCGACGGGCGGUUAUGGUGUUACAUGGGCCCCACGCGCGGCGCCCAAAAAUCGAUCAUUUUUAUGCCUUCUGGUCUAUCAAAUCUCAUUAUUGAUGUACGUAAAGAUGUCUGGAUGUGUUCGGGAAUCAUUUGCUUCAAGUGUAUUACCUUGUAUGUAAAAACAUUUUACGAGUCGGUACUAUAUACCGUAGCAGAGCCUAAUCUGCAGUACCGCUAACGGCCGCGAUCUGAAAAAUGGCUAAGGAGACCGUCAAAUUGCCAAAUUUCGGUCUUUUCGGGAAUUGAGAGAGGGCGAAAGGCUCGCAAAGGGGUUUUAAUUUUUGAGGCUUAUUUGACUCCGUUAUCAAUAUUGUCACCAUUAAAUGUCAAAAAUGAUAAUAUAGUUAAAACAUUUCCCAAACAAAACAAUAGUGUAUUAGAUUAGAAUUCUUCCCCAUUUACCAAUAAAAGGAGUCGUGUGUAUAUUCACUGCGCCGCGUCCUGAAGGGCUACCACGUCCAAAUUUCAAUUCUAUUUUAUGAAACAAGGCGACCUUAAAGAAAUGUGACGGUGUUUUUGUCUGUUUUUCUGUUAGUAGAUCAACUUUUCUCGUUGAAAUGCUGUAAGGUGUGUGUGGACUAAAAAAGGUGCAAUUUAGGCUUGAUCGCCGGGAGGAGCCGCUUGGUUUUCCAAUUUUUAUUUGUUUAAGGCCUAAAAGGUGAAACCAUGUGUGAAACCAAAUAACAGAAGCUAUUAUGUAUAUGUAUUUUGGAACCAUGUCUUGGACCAAGUGCUUGUUGUGAGUCGUAUGAAGAGUAAUACUUACAUGUCUCUCAAUUCGAGUUACCAUAUUGUGGACACGUUCCUAACUGUUCGUGGGCUUCUAUAUAACGGCCUGUUAUGACGGUAUUUCUGACUUGACAAAUAAAUACAUGUUCUUUGGAACCAACUGCUCUUCUGACUUCAGAUUAAUUGAUAUUUCAAGCCUUUAUUACAAUCACUUGGGUGCUCAUUAACAUAAUAUAUCCAACUUCAUCUUGAUAUCAGAACCACAAUUCCACAGAAUUACACAAAAACAUUAUAACAUACAUAAAUGUGUCAUACAUGAAAUACAUGUAACGUUGUUUGAAGAAAGCUAUAGUAUCUAUAAGCGGAACGCCAAAUCAACAUGGAUAAAUUAUGAUAAUGCACAUUGUACCCGCCAUAUUGCAUGCACAAGUAAUCCAAUUCAUAGACAAAAUGACAGAAGCAAUGUUGCAUUUGUACAGCGUCUUCUUGUUUUACGAAUUUGAAAGAAAUUUGGACGUGGUAGCCCCUCAAAACGUGACAAAUUACACUUGACCACUUGUAUUAGUAAAAUGCGAAGGAAAUAUGUCAUUUAUGACUUAGAAUCCCAUAGUUUUAUUUACAGAUAUUGUUAUUAUUAAUGUUAAAUGGUCAUAUUUUAGAAAACAAAGCCAAGUAAUCCUAAAAAUUCAAACCCCUUCGCGAGCCUUUCGCGUAUUCCCAAUUCCUGAAAAGACCGAAAUUUGGCAAUUUGACGGUCUCCUUAGUCACUUUUCAGGUCGCGGCCGGGAGCGGUACUGCAGAUUAGGCUCUGAUAGAGUAUAUAGUCUCCACUUGUAAAAUAUUAAUAUAUUCAAAACAAUAGGCUUGAAGCAAGUGUAAAGAUUGUCACAGAGGUUCAGACAUCUUAAGUACACUAAGAAUGAACUUGAAUAGAC